AUGGCGUCGGAAACUUCUCCUAAGCGGCUCGACGAGCUUCCUGACGAGAUUCUCUUGCGUGUCCUCUCCUUCCUUGAGCCCUACGACUUCCCCGGCCUGCAGCUUGUUUGUCGCAAGCUUCAAAAGAUAUCGCUCGACAACAGUCAUUGGCGAUCGAGGACGUAUGACGAAUCGCCUUUUUUUGAGUCCAUCCAGCGACGCCGAUGCCUGUCCCGCAUUGUCGACGACGACAUCCUUGACGAACCCCUCCUCAACGCCGCCGCACACUUGAGUCAAGAGCAUGGUGGCACAGAGCCGUUACCUAAAUUCUACAACGAAGAGACUGGAGAGCAGCGCAAACUGCAGAGGCACCGAGACAUGGCGAACUGGGACCCUACGUUUCCGACCGAGCCCGUCUUCUGGUACAAUGAGUACAUUCAGCGCUGCGCGCCCAUGGCCACAAGUUGGCUGCAGCAGCCAAGGAUAAGAGACGGUAGCGAGGAAGAUACACUGGAUGUGCGAGGCAUGGCUCUCUACAGUCCGAAUCAAAGCAGUAAUGAGCUCUUGGCCGUGUCUCCGCUAGAUGAUGGGUCAAUAAGCUUAUGGGACGUGAAAGGCACUCGUGGACGCAAAGGCGCUAUGGUCGCCAAAAGCCGAGAUGCUGUGCUCUAUCUUGACGGACCUCAGAUCAUGGGAAGGUCCCGAAAGAUUGAUACUGGAGUGACCGAGUGCAUCAGCAUUGACAGUUUCUCCGGAAAAGCCUUCGUCGCUGUCCAAGGACACCUCCGCGAAGUGGAUCUCAGUCGUCUAGACAUCGUCUCUGAACAAUCGUUUGAGUGGUCUAUCACUGCUCUCUCUCCUGCUAGUCCCGGAUUGCCUUUAACCGUGGGAACAUCUUUAGGCAUUCAUCUUUUUGAUUACAGAGCGCGGACAAUGGCCCCGAGCGACAUCAUUGAGAAAAUUGAUGUCUUGGCUGUCGAUUCCACAAAUGGGUUCUCCGGAAGAAAAAACGUCUUCGAGUCGGAUCCGUUGCCGCCUUAUGCACCCUUGUCCCAACCUACACCACUUAGCAUUCUGCAUUUGCCAAAGCCGAACGAUGAAAAUUCCUUCUCGGAUGACAUAUACGUAGCAGGGCGCUUUUCCAAUAUCCUUCAUUACGAUCGGCGCAAGUUUCCUUCGAUUGUAGGAUCCAUUCAUUCCGGGGCUAGAUUGUCGAGUCUGGCAUCUCUUCCUUAUCCUUUCUCUACACUAGACAGCGAAACGCGUCGGAGAGGUGAACUGUCCGUGGAGCAGGUGAUAGAGUCAAAAAUGAGAAAAGGCGGACGGACUUUAAUUGCUUGCGGCGAGUACAACACUAAAGGGUCGUUGGAACUUUACGGGCUAUGCCCGUCUCAAGGAGAUUUCUCCACGGAUCUGAUUCAGAACUCAACAAUGAAGAACCGGCAAACGUCCUCGCAAUCCAAGAUUCUAUCGGUGACCAAUCAAGGCACUCGAAUAGUCUUUUCUGAUGGCUCCGGCCUCCUGAAGUGGUUCGAGCGUGAUGGGUUUACUGAAGUGCGGAGACAUAAGAUUGGACAUAGUGAGAUUUCAGAGCGUCCGUCCCUCUUCGCUUCUAUGCCUGGCUCAGAUGACCUGGCAAGAAAAAUACUAUCGACGCAAACGCGUAAUGGAGCGGAUAAUGUCAACGACGAUGACAUUUUGUUCUGGACGGGUGAGAAGCUAGGCCUAGUUAGUUUCUCAGGCAAGCCGGGGUUUCAAGCAGACGAGUUCGAGACUGAGAGGCAAAAAUCUGAGGAAGAGGCCAGAGUUGAUGAGGCAGAAAAAGAGUACGGUGAGAGGAUGAGAAUGGCGCUUGAACGCCAGGCCGGCGAUGUCAGGUUUGGUAUCUCACGACGUCCCAAGGACAAAUCCGCGAGGGCGGGCCCCGCCGGUCCCUCCGGAGCGGCGGGCAGCGGCGGCAAGCCGAAAAAGGCCACUUACGAGGUCACCAAGAAAAAAGAGAUUGGCGUUUCGGAUCUUACGUUGCUCAGUAAGGUGUCUAACGAAGCCAUCAACGACAAUCUCAAAAAAAGAUUCGAAGGAGCUGAGAUCUACACCUACAUUGGCCAUGUGUUGGUGUCUGUCAAUCCUUUCCGGGACCUGGGCAUCUACACCGACCAGGUCCUCGACAGUUACAAGGGCAAAAACCGUCUAGAGAUGCCCCCGCAUGUCUUCGCUAUUGCCGAAUCUGCGUACUACAACAUGAAAGCCUAUACUGACAACCAGUGUGUCAUUAUUUCGGGAGAGUCGGGUGCCGGCAAGACCGAAGCUGCUAAACGUAUCAUGCAGUACAUCGCCAACGUGUCAGGAGGAGAGACGGGCGACAUUAAGCAAAUCAAGGACAUGGUGCUGGCAACCAACCCCUUGCUAGAGUCUUUCGGAAACGCAAAGACCCUGAGAAAUAACAACUCUUCUCGUUUCGGCAAGUACCUGCAAAUUCAUUUUAAUGCGCAGGGCGAACCUGUCGGUGCCGACAUCACCAACUACCUCCUCGAGAAGUCUAGAGUCGUCGGCCAGAUCACCAACGAGCGAAACUUCCAUAUUUUCUACCAAUUCACCAAGGGUGCCUCUCAGACUUACCGACAACAGUUCGGCAUCCAAACGCCCGAGACAUACGUUUAUACUAGCAGAUCGAAGUGCCUUGAGGUCGACGGAAUUGACGACCUGGCCGAGUACAACGAUACGCUUGACGCCAUGAAGAUUAUUGGUCUCAGUCAAGCCGAGCAAGAUGAGAUCUUCCGCAUGUUAGCGGCGAUCUUGUGGGCCGGCAACAUCCAGUUCCACGAGGGUCAAGAUGGAUACGCUGCAGUUAGCGACCAGUCGGUAGUGGAUUUCUUGGCAUACCUACUGGAGGUCACGCCCGACCAGCUUGUCAAAGCGAUUACCAUUCGUAUACUCACUCCGCGUAAUGGCGAGGUUAUUGAGUCACCGACGAACGUCUCACAAGCUGUUGCGACGCGAGAUGCCCUGUCCAAGGCCAUUUACAGCAACCUCUUUGACUGGAUUGUCGAACGCAUCAACAAGUCUCUCAAGGCAAAGCAAGCAACGACCAACAACAUUGGUAUCCUUGAUAUCUACGGCUUCGAAAUUUUUGAGAAGAACAGUUUCGAACAGCUUUGCAUUAACUACGUCAACGAAAAGCUGCAGCAAAUUUUCAUUCAGCUGACACUGAAGGCCGAGCAGGAUGAAUAUGCGCGUGAACAGAUCCAAUGGACGCCAAUCAAGUACUUUGAUAACAAGAUAGUGUGUGAUCUGAUUGAGUCGGUUCGGCCUCCUGGUGUUUUGUCUGCCAUGAAGGAUGCUACCAAGACAGCUCACGCUGAUCCCGCCGCCUCCGACCGAACCUUUAUGCAAAGCAUCAACGGAAUGUCUAACCCUCACCUGACGCCCCGCCAAGGCAGCUUCAUCAUUAAACAUUACGCCGGUGAUGUGGCGUACACGGUGGACGGAAUUACAGAUAAGAACAAAGAUUUGCUUCUGAAGGGUCUGCUCAAUCUUUUCCAGGGCAGCGGCAACCAGUUUGUCCAUACUUUGUUCCCCCACCAGGUUGACCAGGACAACCGGAAGCAACCGCCAUCUGCUGGCGACCGAAUCAGAGCCUCCGCAAACGCACUUGUUGAAACUCUGAUGAAGUGUCAGCCGUCAUACAUCCGAACUAUCAAGCCAAACGAGAACAAGUCACCAUCUGAGUACAAUGUACCCAAUGUGUUGCAUCAGAUCAAGUAUCUCGGUCUUCAAGAGAACGUCCGCAUUCGCCGGGCUGGCUUCGCCUACAGACAAACUUUUGAGAAGUUUGUCGAUCGUUUCUUCUUGCUGUCACCCGCGACUUCAUACGCGGGCGAGUACACGUGGCAGGGCUCGUAUCAGGACGCAGUUAAGCAAAUUCUCAAGGACACCAGCAUACCCAAAGAAGAGUGGCAAAUGGGUACUACCAAGGCCUUCAUCAAGUCACCAGAGACACUCUUUGCGCUUGAGCAUAUGAGAGACCGAUACUGGCACAAUAUGGCUACUCGUAUCCAGCGUAUGUGGCGAGCUUAUCUGGCCUAUCGUGCAGAGUCUGCUACUCGUAUUCAACGGUUUUGGCGUAAGAAGAGAACCGGUGCUGAGUACUUGCAACUUCGGGACCAGGGCCAUAGGGUUCUUCAAAACCGCAAGGAGAGGCGGAGAUACAGCUUACUCGGAUCUCGAAGAUUUUUGGGAGAUUACCUCGGAAUCAAUGCGUCUACUGGGCCCGGAUCACAAAUAAGAAAUGCAAUCGGUAUUUCCAACAACGAGAAGGUCGUAUUUUCUUGCCGCGGAGAAAUCUUGGAAGCCAAGUUUGGCAGAUCCAGCAAGCCUAGCCCUCGUAUCUUGAUUGUCACUAACAACAAGUUCUACAUUGUUGCCCAAAUGCUGGUUAACAACCAGCCUCAGAUCUCAGUCGAGCGAUCAAUGCCCUUGGGCGCUAUUAAGUUCAUCGGAGCUUCAGCCGCCCGCGACGACUGGUUCUCCUUGGGGGUGGGAUCGCCACAGGAGCCUGACCCCUUGUUGAACUGUGUGCUGAAGACAGAAAUGUUCACGCAAAUGCAGCGUGUCAUGCCUGGUGGCUUUAACCUCAAAAUCGGUGAGGUGAUUGAGUAUGCAAAGAAGCCUGGAAAGAUGCAGACUGUGAAGGUUCUCAAAGACUCCCAGCAGCCGGUUGACUACUACAAGAGUGGAGCUGUGCACACACAACCUGGCGAGCCUCCUUCGUCCGUUUCCAAGCCGACGCCAAAGGGCAAGCCUGUUCCUCCUCGUCCGAUCACGCGCGGUAAGCUGAUCAAACCUGGUGGCCCUAAUGGACGUCCAUCUCGGAUUACAAACAGUCGGCCCCAACCCCGACCAGGUGCUUCUUCUGCGAAGACUGGGCCUUCGAUGACUACUCAGCCGGCCGCCGCUGUCAGCUCUGCCAAAACUGGACCUUUUGGACGUCAACAACCAGCUGCGGCCGCUGCUACCGCUAACAUUCCCGUAAGACCGGCGGCGUCAAACUCUGGAGCUACGAGAAUGCCUCCUCCCCCGCCUCCGGCUGCGCCGCCGGCGCCAAACAAGAUCAUGGCCAAAGUGCUAUACGACUUUGCCGGCCAGAGAGAGAACGAACUCUCUAUCAAGGCUGGCGACCUUAUCGAGAUCGUCCAAAAGGAGAACAACGGUUGGUGGCUUGGUAAGAACGAAAAGGGUCAGGCGUGGGUACCUGCUGCCUACGUCGAAGAGCAAGCUCCUCCGCCAGUGGUGGCUCCCCGUCCUCCCCCGCCUCCUCCUUCUGCCAACGGUGCAGCUGCCCGUGGCAAGCCCACUCCUCCCCAGCCUCCAGUCAAGCGUCCCGCUGCCGGACGAAAGCCGGCUGUCGCUCAACCUCGUGACUCCGGUCUAAGCUUGAACGGUUCCAACGGCUCCGACAGUCGCAGCAACACUCCUACGCCAAGUCUGGGUAACAGUUUGGCGGAUGCCUUACUUGCGAGAAAGAACGCGAUGCAAAAGAAGGAUGAUGAUGAUGACUGGUGA